GUGUCGACGUUCAACGCUGCUUUUCAGCGUCACAUUAGCACGUGAAUGUUAGGUUACAGUAUUUACUGGUAUAUUUCUUAACACACUCAUUAGAACUGAAUUAUUGUGUAUAAUAUCAUUUUCGUAAUUAACAUAUCGUUUUUGAUAAUUAAUAAUGAAAAUUUUUUAUCUUUUCCAUAUUUCUUUCACUUUCGUUUUAAUCAAUUGACGUUGUUUUUUCUGCUACCUUGACGCUUGAAGCUGAAAUCAUUCGACUUCUUUUCUCUGACGCUAGCGUCAAUGUAAUGUCACGUGACGACGCUCGACGCUGCUUUUCAGCGUCUCAUGAAUUAGCACCUUUAGGCUGCGGUCCGAAAUAAGCUUACGGCGCUCACGACGCUGAAGGCGCUUACAGGCGGUCCGAUUCAAAUAGCACGUUGUAGAUGCUUUUGUUUCGGACCGGCUAUAAGCUUGCUCACGUUCUAUAAGUGGAAAUAAAUCUCGUUAAAAUGGAGGCUGUUCAGCAAAAAGCUGUAUUGUUCCAAUGUUCGGAAUUGUGUUGUGAAAACGAUGAUAGUGAUAUAGAAUUUGUGAGAUAUAUAUGUGUAAGUAGUGAUGAUAGUGAAGAGGAAAAUGUUAUAUCAGUCAUACAGUUACAUUUGAAUAAACGAAGAGAUAAAGUGGAAAUAAGACCUCGCGUGAAGAAUUAUAUUGAAAGAAUUGUUCAAAACUACACCGCAGAAGAAUUUAAAACGCACUUCAGAUUGUUGCCUGCAACUUUUGAAUUCCUGUUAGAAUUGAUAGGACCUGCAUUAAGUACAACGAAGUCAGGUGGAGGCAGGAAACUUAUAUCGGCACAAAAGCAACACUAUAAUACAUCAAGUACAUCAAUUAUUCUUUCUACAAAAAAAUGAUUUAUUUCAUUUCUACGAAAAAGUGAAGUAAAUUCAUUGGCUAUCGCAUAGCUUUUUGCCGUGCGGCAAGCAUUUCCGCGUCCUGUGUUACUAAUAUCUCGUCGGUGGCUAAAGUCAUUGUUCUCAAUUAUAUUAAUUUUCGUAAUUUGCUAGGUUUCCCGCGUUUAUAACAUCAGUGCUCACGGCGACCCACCGUUCGACCAUGGGCAGCGUGAGCACAGCAGGUAUAGCUACUAUAUAAAGGAUAGCUGACUUGUCCGCCAUAUUGGAGCCCAAGCUUUGUUCGGUUGUAAACUUGUGAUGUUACUUUUUAUUACGUGGCAACUUAAUUGUUUUGUAAAAAUGACUGGCUGUUUGGCCCCAAAUUGUUCGAACCACUCUAGGAAUGGUUUAAAAUUCUAUAGGUAAGUAUUUUUAUUUAUUAGUAACAUCAAAAUGUAACGAUACAUUUGUCUAACCUCACAUCCUUCUUUUUACUUACAUAUAUUUGUAUUGACUAUUUGUUAAUUUGUUAGCUACUUAUAAUAAGCAUAUAAUGUAAUAAUAUAAUAUU